AUCAUAUGUUUUUAUAAUGGCUGAGUACUUCACAUUUUAAAGAGGUACUUUGAAAUUGAUAAUAUUGUUUAAUUGUGUUUAACAUAUUUCCUGCAUAGUUUUUAGUAUUUUCUUGUAAAAUACCAUAAAAAAAUGGUCAGAAAGCAUGCAAGGAAACCAGGAAGUACAUAUGCUGCUUACUCAAAUAAAGCGAUGGAAGAUGCGAUGAAAGCAGUAAGCGAAGGUAAAUUAUCAAUCAGAAGCGCUGCAGAAAAAUAUUCAGUGAACAGGUGUACACUUAAUCGAAAACUGAAAGGAGUUCAUGUUCAGCCAUAUGGGAGACCACCAGCAUUAUCACAAGAUGAAGAGGCAGUUCUACUGAAGAGUAUCAUAACAGCUGCAGAAUGGGGCUUUCCCCUUUCAUGUUUAGAUGUUAGAUUUAUUGUGAAACAGUAUUUGGACAAAAAAGGUGUUACAGUAUCUCGUUUUAAGAACAAUCUUCCUGGAGAAGAUUGGUGUCGUUCCUACUUGGGAAGACAUAAAGAUGCCCUCACCAUAAGGCUGAGUGAGAACAUCAAGCGCAGUAGGGCACAGGUCAAUGAGGAAACACUGAGGGAAUAUUUCACUAACCUCAAAAAUUCAAUUCAGGACAUACCUGUUGAACUGUUAAUAAACUAUGACGAAACUAAUUUGGUUGAUGAUCCUGGAAAAUCCAAAGUCAUAGUGCGGAGAGGUUGUAAACGUGCUGAACGCAUCAUGGAUUCCAGUAAGGCGACCAGUUCCUUGAUGUUCGCAGGGACAGCAAGUGGAAUUCUUCUUCCACCAUACCUUGUCUACAAGGCGGAACACUUAUAUAACACAUGGCAGGAAGGAGGACCAGAAGGGGCAAGGUAUAAUACCUCAAAAAGUGGAUGGUUUGAUUCAGCAUUAUUCGAGGACUGGUUUGAGACAGUUGCACUGGCCUACUUCAAGAAGGUAGCAACUAAAGACCAGCCGAAAGCAUUGAUUGGGGACAAUCUAUCAAGCCAUUUGACUCUCAGUGUCAUCCAAAAAUGUGAGGAGUACAAUAUUAGAUUCAUCCUGCUCCCUCCCAACAGCACUCAUCUUUGUCAACCUUUGGAUGUGGCUUUCUUUCGCCCGCUAAAGUGUCAUUGGCGUCAAGUUCUUAUGGACUGGAAAAUGAAACACAAGGGAACUAUACCAAAAGAUGUCCUUCCACGUCUCCUGAAAAGUACAUUAAAGAGUUUGUCUCCAUCAAUUGAAAAGAACUUGAAGUCUGGAUUUCGAGCGACCGGAAUUUAUCCUUACAAUCCUGAGGAAGUAUUGAAAAAACUGCCUGCUACAACUAUUGGGAAUAUGUCUAUUUCUGAUGGACUCUCGAAAUCAUUGGAAAGCUAUUUGAGAGAGUCUAGAAAUGCCACUUCCACCCCAAAGCAAAAACGAAGAAGACUGAGUGUUGUCCCUGGGAAGAGUGUAAGCGGAACAUCGUUCCAGUCAGAAGAUGAUCCUGACACUCCUGACUUGGUAUCUUCAGAAGGUGAAGGCAAUACUCCAGUUUCAGUAACCAGAGCGACAGAAGAACAUACGCUCCAAGUUAGUUACACAGGAGAUGUUCAAGUUGGUGAUUUUGUUGUGGUAAGAAUCAAGUUUGCUGGCCCUUCAAACAAAAUGGUGGACAAAUACUAUGUCGGUCAAAUUUACUUAGAGCUUCAAGGUCAGUAUCAGUGUAAACUGUUGAGGAAAAGUGCAAAAUGUGAUAAAACAUUUAUCUUCCCUGCUGUCGAUGAUCAGUGGACUUUCAAAAUGGAAGACAUUAUUGUGGUAUUGCCAUCCCCUACCAUUGUUAGAGGAAGGCAUAAAUUCAAGUGUAAUUUUUCUGUUGUUUUACAGUGAUGGUUGAACUUGUUAGUAGGUAUUGUAGUAACUACCUACUCACCUAAGAUUACGGUAUUAAUUGAAUGCCAAUAAUCUCAAUAUUUAUGAUGUGGAUCUAUAACCAAAUUUGCAUAAUAGUUUUGUGUUAAUUCAAUGCCUUAAAUUUUAUCUAAUAAACCUUUGAUGUAAACAAAAUUAUAUCUACAAAUUUUAAUAGUAGUAGUAAUUGUUAAUAACGAUCAUAUUUUAUGUGGUUAAAGUUAGACAAUGUAAGUCAAACAUGUACCAAACUGUAUUUCUGAAUGGGUGGCUCAAGUUACCCUAAACCCUGUUAAACUUGAGCCAUACAUAAAAAUCAAUAUAAAUAAAUUUUAAAUAUCUUCGGGCAAUAUAUCAUUAUGGGGGUCUAUUCUAUAUAGCUUUACUCAAAA